GAUGAGAUCAGGCCGGGGCGCCAGGACAGGGGAGGGGAGUACGGGGGGGUCAGUAGGGUGACCAGUUUGAGACACUCAUACAGGGAGGGGACAGGUACGACAAGGAAGGCCCGCUCUGUGUUCUGUUGGAAUGGCUCACUCGGCGAGGAUAGGUACCUUCCUACUCGCCGCUCAAGGCGGAGGGAGAAGGCUCGUCUGGCGACAGACUUGGAGCUGGAUCAGGACCUCAGUGAGCGGCUGGGACUGGGGAGCAGUGACACCCUCACCAACGGUAACCGUGCUGACGGGGAGGCCGCCAAGCGCCUGGCCAAGCGCCUCUUCACCCUGGACGGCUUCAGGAAGUCCGCCGUGGCCCGCCACCUCAGCAAGAACAAUGACUUUAGUCGUAAGGUUGCAGAGGAGUAUCUACACUUCUUUAACUUCACAGGUCUUACUGUGGACCAGGCUCUGAGAGCCUUCCUCAAACAGUUUGCCCUGAUGGGGGAGACUCAGGAGAGGGAGCGGGUGCUGUCUCACUUCUCCAGGAGAUACCUGCACUGUAACCCCAAACUCAUACCCUCUGAGGAUGGUGUCCAUACCUUGACCUGUGCCCUGAUGCUGCUAAACACAGACCUGCAUGGCCAUAACAUUGGCAAAAGGAUGUCCUGCACACAGUUCAUUGACAACCUGGAGGGUCUGAAUGAGGGACAAGACUUUCCCAAAGACCUGCUGAAGGCCCUGUACAACUCAAUCAAGAAUGAGAAGCUUCAAUGGACAAUUGAUGAGGAGGAGAUGCGGAAGUCUUUCUCGGAGCUGGGGGACACCAACCAGGCAGACUCCACCUCUAAACACAUGAAGAGCAUGGCCAGCGGUGGGAAACCCCUAGUGGCCAUGGCCCAGCCCUCGGGAGCUCUGCUGUAUAAGAACGGCUUCCUGGUGCGCAAGGUGCACGCCGACUCAGACGGCAAGAGAACACCGCGUGGGAAGAGAGGGUGGAAGACGUUCUAUGGCAUUCUGAAGGGGCUGAUUCUCUACCUGCAGAAGGGAGAGUACCGGCCAGAUAAACAGCUGUCGGACGAGGAUCUGAAGAACGCUGUGUCCAUCCACCACUCUCUGGCGAUGAGGGCUGCUGACUACAGCAAGAGACCCAAUGUGUUCUACCUCCGCACUGCUGACUGGAGAGUCUACCUCUUCCAGGCACCAAACGCGGAGCAAAUGCAGUCGUGGAUCACGCGCAUCAACACGGUAUCAGCGAUGUUCUCAGCACCACCCUUCCCUGCAGCCAUUGGUUCACAGAAGAAAUUUGCCCGACCGCUGCUGCCAUGCUCCACCUCCAAACUGUCACAGGAGGAGCAGGUCCAGUCCCAUGAGUCUCGGUUCCGGGCCAUCUCCACUGAACUGGCUGAGCUGCGCUCGUAUCCUCCAGACCGAAAGAUCAAAGGCCGCGAGCUGGAGGAGUACCGCCAGCGGGACGAGUACCUAGAGUUUGAGAAAACGCGCUACGGUACCUACGCCAUGCUACUGCGGGCCAAGAUUCGCUGCGGCGAGGAUGACCUGUCCGUAUUCGAGGCCCAGAUCUUGGAGGACAAUGGGCUGCAGCGCGCCCACUCCAGCCCCACACUGCAGGACAGCAGCCAGGCCAGCCAGGCCUCCCAGGGCAGCAGCACCAAGGAGCCGGUGGGCUGCAGCGGCAUAGGAAAAGGCUCCAAGCGCAUCGAGGGCCAGAGAUACAGCUACCGCCAGGCCGUCAAGAAGUGAGUCAGGGCGGGGCGCCGGGUGGUGAUGACUUGGCAGGCUUGUCUCACUGCACAGGUUAUUUGAGAUCUGAGUGAGGGGGGGGGUUAUAGGAGCUUGAAAAGGAGAGGGGUGAGAGUUUACUGUAUACACCACGUCCGUCCCCCCCGUCCCCCAUGGCGCCCCCACCCAGCACCCCCGAUAUCCUCAGCCAGUAGGGGAGGUGCAGAGGUGCAGAUCCUAUGACUGGCGCGGUCACUGGCCAAUGCCAGCGGUGUGUUGGGGCAUGAGGGAGGGAGGGAGGAGCGUUGGAGAGGUAAUGGAGCUUGGAAAGGAGGUAUUCGAGAGAAGGCGUUCUGGAUACAGUAAUAGACUGUACUAUACCGUACGGUAAGACAGAGGGUCCUCACGUAAGCAGUAGCGCCGCCGUACAGGGACUCCCAUCCAGCAUCCUUUCCUUCUUAUUCUUUGAGGGCACCUCUCCCACAAACCCCUCCACCAACCUUUUUUCUGACGAUGUUUCUUCUGAUUUGGGACCAGACUUGUUUACACAUUUGACACCUUAAGUCUCCAAUGCCUGUUCUGUUGAUUUGAACAUGUGUUACAGUACUGUAAUACUGUAGUAAGAGGAGCUAGACCCUAGACUCAUUGUAAAAACACUAGGGUACUUGUUGCUCCUGAACUUUUCUUUGGGGCAAAUAUUGUGGCAGCAACGUGGCUCUAGUGGAUCCGCAAUGGCAGUGCACUAUGCAUCAGGAUCCGCAAUGGAGGUUCAGUUGCAGCUCUUCCUCCUGGCCCGAAUCAGGGUGAGGGCAGAGGAGAGACUGAGCUCUCAUGACUUCAGACCACUCCACUCUCUGCACACUCUCUCUCUUCUCCCCUGUUCUCACACUCUGUCUCAGAGAGGGGGUAACUGUGGCUCCCAUCUCUAUCCUUUCUCCCAAAUGGGUUGUUAAAGUGGUGGAUGUCAUUUGAGACACAUUAGGCUACUACUGUACAGCGACACACAAGUGAGUAAAAAUGUAAUUGUACUGCAUCAUCCUCUCAGCAAGAGAGACCCAUGGUUUCUUUCCUUUUCCUUAAAGGGGCAAUCUGCCAUUGAUAUAUACCCAUUGAUUCUUGAAGAAUAUAACUUAUAUAUGCCU